AAGUGGAGCUCAAAAGUCCCUUGCUUGCUCUAGGAUUGAAGCAGAAGGAUCCCAAAGUCUCGUUAGUUCCGUCUGCUCGUGCUGUUGUUGCAGGCUUGAGCGGGAACUGUCCGGAGUCUCUUGUCUGCAGGCGAAUCAGUCACCCUGGGGUCGUGGACUGGGGUCUGCUUGAAUGCAACAAGCGGGCGAUUGUGGUGGUGUCCUUCCGAUCUUGCAUCCAUCGCCUCUUAAUCGCGGGGCGCCGCUGCUCUUUCCCUCUUGCAGGUCGAAGAAAGCAGGCGCUGGAGUGUUCCUGUCCGGAGCCGGCGUGCCGAGAGAGAGAGAGAGAGGCGCUCCUCAGUAGAGAAUGGCUGGAUCCCCCUGGAAGGGCAAGCGGAGUUGUUUUAAAGUGCUGGUCGCUACGAUUUCCGUGGCUUUGGUUUAUUCCUACAACAUCGAUCUGGAUCACCCUGUGAUUUAUCAAGGACCAAAUAACUCUUUCUUUGGAUACUCUGUGCUGGAGCAUUACUACGACAAUACUAGAUGGGUCUUGGUUGGUGCUCCAAAGGCAGAUUCUAAAUACAGUGCCUCUGUUAAGUCCCCAGGGGCUAUAUUUAAAUGCCGUGUCCACACUAACCCUGACAGGAGGUGCACAGAACUGGAUAUGGGUCGAGGCAAUGGUAGAGGCAUGCCCUGCGGAAAAACAUGUAAGGAAGACAGAGAUGAUGAAUGGAUGGGUGUAAGCCUGGCAAGACAGCCCAAGGCUGGAGGAAGUAUACUGGCCUGUGCACAUCGUUGGAAAAAUGUCUACUAUGAAACGGAGUAUAUCCUUCCUCAUGGUUUCUGCAACAUCAUUCCACCAAAUCUAGGGUCCAAUGGUAAACAGUUAAAGCCUUGCUAUGAAGAGUAUAAGAAGAAAUACGGUGAAGAGCAUGGCUCGUGUCAAGCUGGAAUAGCAGGCUUCUUCACAGAGGAGUUGGUCAUCAUGGGAGCUCCUGGGUCUUACUACUGGACAGGAACUAUCAAAGUACUGAACCUCACUGACAAUACCUAUUUCAAACUGAAUAACGAUGUUGUGAUAGCCAAGCGGUACACAUAUCUAGGAUAUGCAGUGACAGCAGGUCAUUUCUCUCAGCUGACGACCACAGACAUUGUAGGAGGAGCACCCCAGGAUGGAGGCAUCGGAAAGGUAUACAUUUUCCGAACUGAUAGAAGAUCUGGUUCUUUGGUACAGAUUUUUCAGGCUUCAGGUAAAAAGAUGGGCUCUUACUUUGGCUCCUCCUUAUGUGCAGUUGAUCUGAAUUCUGACGGACUUUCAGACCUCCUGGUGGGAGCGCCCAUGUUUUCCGAGAUCAGGGAUGAGGGUCAAGUCACUGUCUAUCUCAGCAGAGGAAAUGGAGUUCUGGAAGAGCAGCUUGUUCUGAAUGGUGACAAUGCCUACAAUGCACACUUUGGGGAAAGUAUGGCUUCCCUGGGGGAUAUCGAUGAUGAUGGAUUCCCAGAUGUCGCCAUUGGUGCCCCUAAAGAAGAUGACUAUGUAGGAGCUGUCUAUAUCUACCAUGGAUAUGCUGGUGGCAUCAUACCUCAAUAUUCUAUGAGGAUACCUGGGAAACGGGUAAGCCCAAGAUUGCAGAUGUUUGGCCAGUCCAUGUCAGGAGGAGUUGAUAUGGAUGGAAAUGGCUAUCUAGAUGUGACGAUUGGAGCAUUUAUGUCAAACCAUGUGAUUCUUCUAAGAUCCAGACCGGUCAUUACUAUGGAUGUCUCCAUUUUCCUGCCAACGUCCACUGACAUCACAUCUCCUCAGUGUCAUGAUGGCUUGCAAGAAGUGAACUGCCUAAAUGUUACAGUCUGCUUUCGAUUCAGAGGCAAACAUGUUCCAGGACUGAUAGGGUUGAAUUAUAACCUGACAGCAGAUGUGAUGAAGAAAGAAAAGGGCGAUCCAAUAAGGGUUUACUUUGUCUCUUCUGGAGAAGCCACAGGUCAGAUCACAGAGCAGAUGCAGCUGUCAUAUAUGCAGGAGAAAUGCAAGCACUACAGCGCCUACGUGAAGAAAAGAGUGAAAGAUGUGAUCUCACCAAUUGUAUUUGAAGCUGCAUAUAGCCUUGGGGAACAUAUCACCACAAAGGAGGAAAAAGAAUUACCUGCACUCAAGCCCGUACUCCGAUGGAAAAGGGGACAGAAGAUGGCUCAGAGAAAUCAGACUGUUUUUGAGAGGAACUGUCAAUCAGAUGACUGUGCUGCUGAUCUGAAACUUCAGGGCAAACUAUUCCUAUCCAGCAUUGACGACAGGGCUCCCUAUUUGGCUUUGGGAGCAGUGAAGAAUGUUUCGCUUAACAUCUCCAUCUCCAACAUUGGUGACGAUGCUUAUGACACAAAUGUAGCCUUCAACUUCUCCAAAGAGCUCUUCUUCAUCAAAAUGUGGCAAAAGGAAGAGAUGGGCAUUGCAUGUGAGUUGUUGGAACCAGACUCAGACUUCCUUAAAUGCAGCGUGGGGUUUCCCUUCAUGAAAUCAAAGUCCAAGUAUGAAUUCAGUGUUAUCUUUGACACCAGUCAUUUGUCUGGAGAAGAGGAGGUUCUUUCAUUCCUUGUCAUUGCUCAAAGUGGGAACUUAGAACACAACCUACAUGACAACUCUCUAAGCCUGUCGGUUCCCCUGAUGCAUGAAGUGGACUCAUCCAUCUCUGGAGUGGUCUCUCCCAGUUCUUUUGUUUAUGGCGAAUCAGUGGCGGCAUCCCAGUUUAUUCAGCUGGAAGACUUUGAGUGUCAUUUUAAGCCCCUCAACUUCACUUUUCAGGUCUACAAUGCUGGCCCAAGCACCCUUCCUGGAUCAUUUGUCGACAUUUCAUUUCCAAACCGUCUCUCUGCUACUGGAGCUGAAAUGUUUCAUAUUGAGCAGAUGAUGGUUUCUCAGGACAAAGGAAAUUGCUCUUUUCAGAGAAACCCGACCCCAUGUGUCAUUCCUCAAGAGAAGGAGAAUAUUUUUCAUACAAUAUUUGCCUUUUUCACAAAGUCUGGGAGAAAAGUAUUGGACUGUGAAAGACCAGGAAGGUCCUGCUUAAUUAUACGCUGUAACUUAAGCUCCUUAGCAAAAGCAGAAUCCCGAAGCAUAGAUGUGUCUAUGCUAUUGAACACUGAGAUACUAAAAAAGGACAGUUCAUCAGUCAUUCAAUUUGUAACGAGGGCAAAGGUGAUGGUGGACACAACUAUCCAGACAGUAGAAAUACCCAAUGGUAAUUCAGAAGAUGCAACAGUGGUCUUUGAGGCCUUGCAUAAUUUGGAGCCUCGUGGUUAUGUGGUUGGAUGGAUCAUUGCUAUCAGUUUGCUGGUGGGAAUUCUCAUCUUCCUGUUGUUGGCCGUGCUGCUAUGGAAGAUGGGCUUCUUUCGCAGAAAGUACAAAGAAAUAAUCGAGGCUGAGAAGAAUAGACAAGAGAAUGAAGACAGCUGGGAUUGGGUCCAGAAAAGCCAGUAAACUGCAAGGGGGAAGAACAUUAGAAGCCCAGUGAUGUGACACACUAUUACUGCCCUUUUGGUCCUGUUCUUGUAUCUUCCAUAUGUGGAAGAAGGAAUCUUCUCCAGAUUUUUCGGAGGCCCCAUUGACGCUGUUGUUCUUCAUUAUCUUAAGCUAGGGAAGGUAUCCUGAGGCAGCCUCUGCAGACGUGUCAGGUGACUGGAGCAAUUUAUACUUCCUGGAAGAGAUGAACUUUGAUAACUGAGCUGCAGUGCAGAGCAAUAUUUAUGAAUCCAACAUACGUGGUAUACCCUCAGGGGAAGACUGUUGCCUAAAAAAGUAUUUUUUAUAAAUAUAAGCUUUUAAUACUGAUUAUGUCUUUUUAUAUAUUUGUAUCAAUGUUUUAUGUUUUCUAUUGAAUAGCUAUAUAUAGUUCACUAAAGCACUGAUAUCCAGCUGAAGUCUUGGACAUGUAUGUCUGUAUAUAUCAAUCAUACUGUACUGUUAAAUUUCAGUGCAGAAGAGACAAGCAGAUGAAACUAGAUGAAAAACCUCACGUAGUAAAUCCACCAGUCUUGGUGAUGUUAUAUAUAAAUUCUCCAGUGGCAGUAAGCCAAAGUACUUUCACCUUAAAAAAAAAGAAGAAGCCAAUAUUAGAUAUUUGAGUUGUGAGCUAAAGAACCCUCGAUGCUACACAGAUUGGAUUAUUAUUUUUUUUAAUGAUUCUGCUGAUCAGAACUGUCUACAUACAGUAUGUCACAAUUUUGUUUUCUUUUUUAAAAAGAACCCUUUUUCAUCUUUAUUUCCCUUUGUCAUGAUUUGUCAGCAGUAUAGUCCCCUCUCUGAAAAUAUGUCACCUUGGAGCAUGCUGGGUCCUCCCCCCCUCCUGCCAACCCAAACAACAAAACAUUUUUUCACAAUUUCUAGAACUAUCACUUGGCACAGACAUAAAGCCUGUGACAAGUGAGUUUUGUUUAUUUGCAAGUAAAGCAAAUCUGAAAACAAUGAGAUGCACCAAGCCAAAUGCAACCCACCAGCCAUGCACUAUGGCCUGUCAAGUGCUUUAUAAACAUCCUUAUCCCUUGCAGUCUCAGACAGGCAGCAAAAAUGGGUAGUUUAUAAAGCCCCUGGUGAGUGACCAUAAUUGUUACUGAGCUGUGCCUGGCUUGGUAGGUCAAAAUUUGGGCAGGCCUAAUAUCUUUAUAUUGGCAAAUUGGAAAAUGCGUUAACAUGAAAAUAAAAACCUACAGUUUCCCAAAUGACCCCUCAGCAAUUUUAAAAAGAAGCAUUAUCCUCUUUCAAGAACAGAUGCGCAACUUGGACCCUCCAGCUGUUUUGGGACUACAGCUCCUAGCAUCCACAGCCAUGGUGGCCAAUAGGGAUGAUGGGAGUUGUAGUCUAGCAUCUGCAGGAGGGCCAAGGUCAUGCAGCCCUGUUUUAGAACAAACAAAGCUUAAGUAGAAUGGGAGGAUAUGGGGAAAAGCUGGCAGGGGUCAAAGAAAAGCAAGAAAAUGUGGCAUCAUGCAAUGAAUGCAUUUAAUGCAGCUGGAAAAUCAAAUAUGUACCAUAUCACAUUUCAUGCCCCCAUAUCAAAACAUUGCUACCCCUUCUGACCCUCUUGUGUGACAUACUUUGUGAAUGACAACAAUUCCUUCCAACCAAACAGUGGGAACUCUAGCUUAUGUUGGCUUUGAUAUCCCCUUAUUCAUAGGGCAUAUUGCACUGAAGAAAGCGGCAACGAAUGUCUUCCUUUGGCUAACCCAGACUCCACUGAUAUGUAGUCCUUUGGCAAUGGCAGGAAACUGGGGAGUCAAGAUACUAUAAACAUAAAGAUAAGAAACUCCCAUUAUCCAGUGCUUGGUUAUUUUAUGACUAUUUAUUUGUCACUUUUCAUGUUACAAUCUUGGUCUUAGUUUGGUCUCGCAAAGGAUCUGUGAGGUGAAUCACUGCUAUUUCUGGCUCGCAGCUUGGAAAUGUAUAUUUAGAGAUUGUGCUAUUUCCAGGGCCAUCUAGUAAGUCUAUGGUUGUGUUGAGAUUGAGAUCAAACUCCAGCAGUUUACACACUGGAUGACACUGAUUAUCUGCAAGGCUUUGUUGUUGGAAUGUACAGGUGUCCCCCAUGUAAAUAUUACAGUUAUGGAAUGCACCUCCCUUCAUAAUGUUUGAAAUACUGCGUUACAUUACUAAGGCAUUUAUAUUACUUUCAGGGGCCUGGCUAACUAAAACACAAGGCUUCUCUUGAAAAUAAGUUUCUAACAGAUUUACUUGCAGUUCUAUCAUAAGAGAACUCUUAACAUUGUCCUUUCUUGUGUGCCUGCUCAUUGUGGUACAGACCUCAGUUAGUGGCUGAAUCAUCUUCGUUUCACUUGGGGAGGAGAUUCUGCAAACCCACAUGUGCAUGCAUAAGGAAAAUGUCAGAACUUAAGUAACUACAUCAAAGACCAGGCUAGUUUCCAAGUAAGUUCCAUGACUUUCCAUGAGAGCAAUAUCAGGCAAAUAUGCUGGUGGUACUACAGUCAACCAUUGAGUCAGACUAUUGAUCUACCUCCCCUAAUACUGUCUUCUUUAGCAGACAGCAACUCUUCAGGCAGAGGUUUUCCCCUGCUACCUUGAAUUCCUGGGAAAUGCCAGGGAUUGAACCUUAAUAGGAGAAUUGCUGGUCUUGUGGUAGCAAGCAUGACUUGUCCCCUUAGCUAAGCACAGCCCACCCUAGUUGCAUAUGAAUGGGAAACCUGAUGUGUGAGAACUGUAAGAUAUUCCCCUUAAGGGAUGGAGCCGCUCCGGGAAGAGCAUCUAGGUUCCAAGUUCCCUCCCUGGCAUCUCCAAAAUAGGGCUGAGAGAGAUUCCUGCCGGCAACUUUGGAGAAGCUGCUGCCUGUCUGUGAAGACAAUACUGAGAUGGACCAAUGGUCUGACUCAGUAUAUGGCAGCUUCCUAUGCUCCUAUGACCUUUUUGCAUGGAAGUUAAGUGCUUUGUCUCUGAGGUGUGUCUCUGUCAUGAGGACUGUGUCACUUUACAAAUGCAAACAUACAUUAAUUCUUCAACUGAGGGUUCCAGGUAAACUUGCAGUCGCAUGUACAUUCAGUGGGUUGCUGCUGCUUUGUAAAUGUCUGCAGGAGAAAUAAGCAUCUUCAAACAAUAACAAGCAGGUUAAAUAAGCAUCUUCAAAAGCAGGACGAUGUCCAUGUUGGUUGAAACACCUACAACUUGCUCAUGACAUAGAGGAUUGAUAGAUUUGCCACUUGGUCUCAAGUGAAGUGUAAACCCAUAUACUCAGGGGCAAUGAUACCAAAUCUUAGCUUUUCAGAUAUGUGGUAGCAAGACCAAGCACCACUAUUAACAGUCCUAUGUGGUCUGAGUUCAGACCAGAGUAAUCCAGGUCGGUUUCUAUCUAAUCCUCACCAGACUUCAUUGUUCAGGAUCAAGCCCAGUAUGAAUUAGCUCUUCAUAUAUCGAUAGACUUGUGCCUUUCUAUUCCACUUAUAGGAAGUCUGCGUAAUCUUCAUCUCAUUGAAAUAAUUCUUACAGCACAAUCUUUACAGCAGAAGGACGUCCCAAUGUGUUCAUUGGGGCUUACUCCCUGGUAAGUGUAUUUAGGAUUGCUGUCCAUUGUAUUGUUUAUGACAUCCACCAGCCUGAUAUUUCAAUAUGUGGCUGAACCUGCAUUUUCAUUUUAUGUCAGUGAUACAGGCACAUAGAAAGCUACAAGAAUGUAAAGAACAGGUUACAGGACUAGUGUUCUUUAUUAUUGUCAAUGCAUUUCAGUACUGAAUUUUUCCCCCAAGGGUGUUAUAAGAAGAAAAUAUGCAUAAUUUAAAAUUGCAGUUUUAAAAUAAAUGACCCAAUCCUGUCAGCUGUUCUUUGCAUUUCAUAGUCUUACAUAUUUCCAUAGCUGCUGUCAUUGAUCAUUAUUGCACUUGGUAUACAUAGGAAUCUACCUUAUACUGAAGCUGUUCUCACAACCAGGAGAAAUUGGGCUAAGGGAGCCUAGCCUGAUAUUUCCUGGUCCUCUGCUGCCACGGGUGCCACGUGGCUCCCGGCAGCAAACUAACCCUGUUUGGUUGAUCGUGUGCUGCCACUGCUCCACAGUGCGGCAACACAUGAGGAGACCCCCACUGGGAGGCUAAAACAAGCCUCCCAACCCCGGGGGUCUCUCCAGAAUGCCCCACGCACUUGCACGAGGCAUCCUGGAACUUCUGGGGGGCCAACUGGCCCCUGAUCCCUGCUGCCCCUGCUGGCUCCGUGACAGAGCUGGCAAUCGUGUGGGUGGCCGAUCCAGCUGCCCAGGGAUGGCUCCCUGCCCGUGUGCAGGGAGAGCGGGUUAAGCCUGCUCUCCCUGUACUAACCCUAACGGCGCUUCACACCAGUUAUGUGUAGCACCUCACUUAGUCAGAUCCUUGGUCCAUCUUGGUUAGUAUUGUUUGCACAGACUGGCAGCAAUUCUCCAGGCUUUCAAGGGUGUCUUUCCAGCCCUCCCUGGAGAUGGCAGGGAUUGAACCUGGGUCCUUGUGCAUGCAAAGCAUGUGCUCUACCAGUGAGCUAUGGCCCCAAUAUGGACAAACAUUGGGAAUGAGCAGGAAAUGAAUCAUCACAUAGAAAUGGAGCUUAAAAAGAGACACAAAACACCAUCAGUGUUGGAUUCUUCUCCUAACUGAAUAAUAUUGCAAAUAUUAAUAAUCCACAGAUAUGAGGAAGAAAUUGUCUUAAAAACUGGAAUAGUUCCUAAGUAAAACAGUACCACCUGUGCUUCCCUCACAUGCAUCAUUUUUGUAUAGUCUGAACAUUUGCCAAACAUUUGUAACCUGAAUUUCUGACUAGAUUACCAACAUAGUUUUGAAGGUUAAAUAAACUAUUGAUUCAGAAUUUGCUUGCUCUGCAAGGGAGGAACGCAUUGAUCUGACGUACCACUAAGUGACUAUGAUAUAAAAUAACUCUGUUCUUGUGCUUCUAAAGCAAUCUGACACACAGACAUUGAGCAGAUAAAGCUUUCCUCAUUUUUUCAUCUGCAUGCCAGGAAAAGCAUCAGCCACUCAAUUUCUUUGUCUAAAGGCACCACUAAAGGCACCAGCUUAAAAGACAUGGCAACCUAAAUCACUCUCAAACCCAUUGCAUUAAUUCACAGAAGUAUGGGAAUUUAGCUAGCAUUCCACAUCUAUAUUCAGUUGAGAACCAUGGUUCUAGACUACAGUGUGGCAUAAUACCAACUGGAGGGAUUAUCUUCUAAAAAACUGAUAGUGGCUAACAUCCGAACAAAACACUAGUGCAACAGGAAAAAGCACCAGUGCACCACCAGUGCUUCUGAAGCGUUUCAGACUAAUGCUGCACUGGUGCUAGUGUGGGGAAUUUCAGUGACCUCCUCUUCCCCCCAAAGCCCUGUGUGCCAUAUGGAACCAUGUCCCUGAGGCUGGACAACCCUCAGGGACAUACUUUCCGGUGGCACAGAGCACUUCCUGGGGAGGUCAUCAAAAUGUGCCCCCCAUACUGAGCCAAGAGUAGAGCUGCGUUAGUUGAACUCUUCAGAAGCAUUGCUUCUUCUCCAAUUGGCUGGUGCUUUAUUAGUCAGGAUGUCAGCCAUAGUUUGGUUGGAUUACAGAUUAUGUUUGGGUUUAGCUAUAUGGGAUGCUCAGUCGUGUGUGAUUUAUUCCUGAUGUUUUGUUUGUAGCAUUUUACAAAACAAUCGAAAGUAGAUGACCAGAGUGGCGGCAUUAAAGCUUUUAUUUUCCCUUACAGGCAGGCUCUUUUUAAGCCUUUGAGAGGCCCAGAGGCUGGAUGUUUAUUUGAGGCCUCCCUUCUUUCUCCUUUCAGUUGGAGUGUACUAUUUGUCGAUAUUGAUGUUGCCCCACUUUGUUCUCAUUGUGCCUCCCCUAAAAAAAGGGUCCCCUUGCAGGGCUGAAAAGCAGCUCUGUGUGUGUAGUUUUUAAAGUGGAUGUAAUGAGCAAUUCCCCACCCCAUGUUUGUCUUUUACUUUCAAUUGCAGCCUCUGUAACUGUAUCGUGUAAAAGAAAAACAGUCAUGGAAAAACAUGCAUGGCUUAGUAUCAUGAGAAGUUUGGCCUUAAGGAAAAGGGGGGAAAUCAUAAUAGAUCACAACUAUUGCAUUAUGUUUUGCAGGUAUUUUAUGGUUCAGAUGUCACAAACUGUUUAGGUUUUCUGUCCUUUUUGUGGCUCUCCCUUUUGGUUUCUUUGUAGUUCUACUGUGUCUAAUUCCAAUUAUAAUAAUCAGAUUUGACAGUGGAACCCACCCGAAUAUAUUACAGAAUAAAUACAUUCAGAUUUCAUUAAACAUUCACAGUUAAUUUUUUGUUAUCAAGUAUCAGUUGGUUUUAAUUAGCACUGGUAAUGUAAACAGAACCCACAUGAUAGCAUAGUGUAUUUCACGUAAGCACAAGGAUCUGUGAACUGUGCAUGUAAAAGGGAGUGAUGUUGCCUAAGAAAAUGCUACAUUUUGUGGUUGGCAAAUCUCAACAGAAUUUUUGCAGGCAAGAAUCAAACCUUGGCAGUAGGCUUUUAUCCAAUGAAAGCCAAACCCAGCUCUGCUCCUUUAUGGCUCAUUCUGCAGUAGAUACGGUGCUAAGUGCCUCAUUCAAGUUUCCUGACCUUAGCCUGAGAAAAAGGGAAUAAGUAUAAGCAAGAGGUAGCCCAUGUUCACAUGUUAUGAUGGCAUUUCAUGGGUAUGUACCAAGUGGUGUCUGAGUACUGUAGCAUUCACAUUUUUCCAAUACCAUCUGAAAAAUGAUUUAACUCCAUGCUUACAAAAUGCAAUGAGACCAUUCUAGUAGCAAUUGUCUUCAAAUGCCAUAUGUAAACAAGGAGGCAUUUCCCACAAUCCUUGGAAAGCAGCCUAAGGGAGCUAGCCCACUUUCUAGGGAUUGUGGGAACCAUUGGGCUUGCAGGUGAGCCUGGUGCUCCCACGGCAGCUAGCCCGGCUAAUUCCUCCUCCCCUUAAAUGAGGUUAACGGAGCGAGCGCUCCAUUAACCUCAUUUUUUUGCUUGUGUGUUGCCAGGCAUGCGGUGACACACGAGUAGACCCCCGACCAGGAGGCUGCAAGCAGCCUCCCGGGCUCGGGGCUCUCUCCAGGAUGCUGGAACGAACCAGUGCUAAUUAAGUUCAUACCAGUGCUAAUUAAGUUCAUCCUGGAACUUCCAGGGGCCGUGCGGCCCCCCGAUCUGGCCGCCCAGCUAUGAGCAGCUGUCCAUCUGUAGGGAAAGCGGGCUAAGCUCUCCCCGCAGGUUUUCUUCCCACUUUGCUUCCACACAAUCACUUCUGCCCAGGUUUUCCUUCAACCUGGCUUCCACAAAACCAGAAAUUGGGAACACAUACAACUCCAAAACCUGGAUAGAACACAGUUUUUGAUAGUAUGAAUGACCUCUAGAUCUGUUUAUGCUGUGGCACAGAUUAAAAAUGGAUUGGCUAAGUAUGAUACCUGUGCAGCAUUUCUAUUUUUGUACCACUUUUUCGCACUAUAGCAAGCAUCUCAGAAAAUAUUUGGAAAGUCAUUGCCAAGCUUAUUCUUAUAGCGAACUGCUUGUCUGUCAAGGUCUUUCUUUCUUUCUUUCUUUCUUUCUUUCUUUCUUUCUUUCUUUCUUUCUUUCUUUCUUGGAAGUGCUCAUUUAAAAAGAAACAAACCUGAGCAUUCAUUGAAAAACAAUGACCCAGCUAUUAAAUACGUAGUCUUUUCUUACCUGUUCUGGAGAUCCCAGAGUAAGUAGACCAAAACAGCCUUGUGGAGUGCCACUGUAAAUUUCAAUUUAAUACCAUGACAAAUGCUUGGGGCAGUUUUAGUUAUUCCAUGCAAAGUGGCCUUUGUCAAAUUUAGGUUAUUUCUUAAACAGUGAGUUCCAGUUGAUUAAAAUGUGCAGCGAUGCCACAUAGUACAGGUCUUCUGGGACCAUAUCACUUCCGACAGCAGAUGGGGUAUUAUAUGUAUGGAUACUCUCCGCCAUAUCUACCAGCUCUUUGCACACAGAAAGGGAGUUUGCCAGAGAAGGAUUUGAGGAGCUGCUUCUGCUUCUGCUUUGGAGCAUUCAAAAUCCUUCACCUGUAGCCUGAAAUGGUACAGUGCAGGAAGGACUGUACCAUUUCUGCCUGUUUAAAUUGUGUUUUUAAUAGUAGCUGAAUUUUACUUAAUAGCAUCUGUGGAACUCCAGCUGCAUAUUCCACUUGGGAAGGUAUUCAGUACAUUAAAGAAACAAAAUACAGAGAAAGACAAUAAUAUCCAGAGUGCUGAGAUAAGCACUGUGCGUUUCUGGAAGUCAUACCAAUUCCUUUAUACUAAUCAGGGCUAUGGGAAGGUUGGGGUGGGACUUGGGACAAAAAGUGAAGAUGAGCUCUGCCCCCCCUCCACCUCUCUGACUUCUUUGGGGAGAGGGAGAGUGGAGAGCAAGCUGUUAUCCAGCCAGUGGGGCUCCCCUCCCCUGAGGGCCCAGGGACUUCUCACCCCCCAACCCAAUUUACCUAUGCCCCAGAUAAUAAUGACACAUUUCAGAAAUAAUUUAUGUUCCUUGACAGAAAAUGGGAGUGUGAAGCAAAACCCUGGUGAAGGCCUACAUGAAGGGUUCACACAGGCUGAUUUUGUGGCUUCAUUUACAGGCAGAAAUCAAGGGUAUGGCACCUAGCAGAAGGUUUCCUUGCCUAGUGAACAAUGACAUGGACAGUGCCGAGGCCUUGGGGAGGGUAUGCAUUUCGAUAUUCAACAAGCCACCUGUACCGUUUUCACUCAGCUUAAUAUUUCACUCUGAUUGUAAAACUGUUAACUUUUGUGUGUGGGUUUAUUGCAGUGGAGGAAUGAAUCUGUUAUUAUCAUUGUCACCUGUAUUUACUGGCUGUGUGUUCACCUGUAUCCUAAUAUACUUGCACUGUUUUGGAAAUUUCAGGUUUAAAAAGAGAGAGAGAGAAACUUUGGGUGAAUAAAAAAAAUACCUGCAAAAAUACCUAGUAGGCUGAAUGUUGUUUAACUUUGCCUAACUAAGGUUUUCUGCUUUCAGCUAGCUAGAACGUUGUUCUUUUUUGAGGGAGAGGAGGAUAUUCCUCUUUUCAUCCAUACAUUUUUCAUUGUACUUUUUAAAAUGUAAGUGAGAAUAAUAAUUAUUGUAUUAUUAUUAUUAUUAUAGUUUAUAUUCUGCUUUCAGCAAAAAGAUCUCGAAAGGGUUUAUGUAGCAAAGGGAACCUGUGGAUCAUUCACUGACACAAAAGGACUCAUAAUCUAAAAAGACACAGUGGUGAGACAUCAGUAACAGUCACAAGGACAGACAUUAUUCUGGACUGAAUAGAGAUAGCUGUUCUCCCCUUGUUAAAUAUAAGAGAGGUGCCUUUUUGCACAGUUAACAAGAUGUAUGCAGAUGGGAACAUGGGUAUGAAUAUACAGCAUGGAUCAUGCCGAGCGGGAACAUUGUGAGUGAUUGUUAAGAGACUAUGGGCAGCAAUCGGACUUGUUUGCCAUUACUUAGCACCAAUGUGACAAGUUAAUUGGCUCUGAAGCAUUGAAGCUGAAUACUUUGCACCUUGCCUCUGGCCCCGUGCUGUGAGGGCAGCUGUUCCCUCCUGUGAACCAGUCCACGUUCAGCACUGGAGAGGGCCCUUAAUGGAAAGUGAAGCUGUGGGAGGCACCAGUGACAUCAUGAGGAAAGAUGUGAGGAACACCGAGAAAUGUAGCCAUUCCCAGAGUUUCCCCCAUAGAGUCCUGUGAAGAGUCUGGAUGCUACCCUAUGUGUAAUUCUAAAAUUAGAGAUUAUGGGAUUCAGGCCUUCUGCAGGUCCUACCUAUAAACUAGAAGCUUUAAUUUGGGGGAACUGGGGUGAUUUGAUUAUUCUGUGAUGAGAUAAAACAAUUCUGCAUACAUUUAGUUGUAUUCCAUUGACUUUGAUGUCACAUAAUCAAGGGCAAUGUAGAAUUCCAGGCCUAAGGUCUGACAAGGCUGGAACUGAGCCCUCUUCUUCCUUAUCUUGUUUGUUUCAUUUUAUUUUUGCUUUAUAAAAUAAUCCUGUUGUAUGAUUGUC